AUGGAUGAUUAGAUUUAAACAAUUAGAUAAUUAUAAUUAACUAUUUAAUUGGCUUCCAAUGAAAAUAAAGAACUAAGAGAAAAAUGGUUAUUGUUGAGAUCAUAAUAUGAUCCUGAAUUAGAUACUAAAAUAAAUAAUCUUGAAAAGACUAUCUUAUUUCAAUAAUAAUAAAUUGCUUAAUUAUAACAAUAGAAACUAAAUAGUAGCAACAUAAAAGACUUAAAUGAUGAAGAUGAAUAAUAUUAAAUUCAAUAAUUGAAUUUGAAAAUAAAUGAAUUAAAUUAGUAAUUAAUCAAAUAUUAAGAAAAUGUCUUUCAAAUUUAAUCAUAAAUAAGAAAUUGUUAGGAAGAAUUGUCUGAUUUACAACAAACUUUAAAUUAACAUUAAGUAGAUAAUACAAUAUUUAAAAAGAAAGCUUAAUAGAUGGAAUAAUUAUUAUCAAAAGUUAGAGGAUAGGAACCAUAAUCCUUAUGUUAUAUAAAUGAAAUUGAUAGAUUAACAAUAAAAUUAUAAUAAUUAUAGAAAAAUAGCUAAAUAAAAUCAAGAUUAACAUAUUAAAGUUGA